GGAAAAGUUGUUGCUGCCGGUACGGUGCAGAGGGAGGGAGGGGCGUGAGAGUUGUAAAAUUCUCUGGGAGGACCUUUCAACUCCCGACAAGCUGGAAACGAAAUUCGGACGAAUUUCGUUUCCUGAGAAUUGCUGCCACAAUUAACAACGAGCUCAUCACACAGAACAGUACGAGCGCAUGUGCCUGAGCCAGCAGCAGCCUGCCUGCUGCAUGCGAAUCCGCUGACGUCCGAAUUGCGCAGUCGCUUCCACAGCCGAGCAGCAUAGUUGACGAUCCCCCGGCGUAUAUUCUUGUACGGGUUUCCCUCUGACAGGCCACUUUUGCUUCGAAUUUGGGCCCCAGGAACCAGGAAUCGUCCACGAAUGAUGACGUGGUUGGACCGCCCUGUGCGACAGGCCUCCAGUGCUCGACUCUGAUCCAGGGGGGAUCGAUGAACCGUAGUCAGGCUACUCAAGGAGGCCAUCAAGCCCGCACUUACUGCGUCUAUCUCAUGACAGCGAUUUAAUACAGUUGGCCCUCGUUUGUUGUUGGAGAUCGUACGUACGCUUCCACGGCCCCACAUCAAUUUUGACAUCGCAUUGAAUGUUGCACUCGGCACAGAGCACCAGUUCUUCGAUCAAGAAAGAUAUUGAGCUACGAAGAGAGCACUGCUGUUCAUUAUGGAGACCUCCCUAUCGUACCUAUUUCCAUACAUUGUGCUAGAAAUGGGAAAUGCUAAUGCGCUUAUAGCAGUUUGAUGGAGUCUCCAGAUCCCAGAUCAGCCCUUUCAAGCGAUUUCGGAAGUGCAAAUGGGUAGGGUGCAAAGUGGAUGUAAUCAGUAGUUUAGUUGUUGAAGUCUACACAACAUGCAAGCCACUUUUAUGGCCGCAUGCUUGAGCUAUCGGCAGAGGCUUCCGAAUGUCUCAUCUCAGUGUGAACUUGGAAUGUGGAAACGAACAGAUAAGAUGUACGAUAACUCGACGAUGCCGUGGGCAGUUCCAGUCCAAUUGUAUCCAUGAAUCUGAAACAACAGUAUUUUCUUCUGGACCUGAAGGUCAGAGAGAGAGAGAGAGAGGUACGCUCAUCGCAAAUUGAUUUUGUGUAGACGGUUAAAUCGUGAGGUUUACCUCUUUCUGAUUUCUGGACCAGAAGUCAAGCGGGAAGAAGUAGACGUUGACUCAAAUAUUCUCGGCAGUAGGUGUCGGGAUCAGACACUUCGGUUCGCGACCUGAUCGGAAAGCGUUGUAUCAAGUGGCAACAGUGGCGACUUUGGCACGUCGUUGGAGCACGACUCCCGAACUUCUGGAGACAGGAGUGCUAAAAAGGGUGGGAAAGAAGUUGGUCGCUUCUUUUUAAAGCAGAAGCAGAUUGGUGAGCUUCACGCAAUGUCGGAAGAACAUAAACGUCCCAUGAUCUUGGAACGUUCCUAUGAUUCAGAUGGCUAAUUUCACAGAUGUCAUAAGCCUUCAAUAUGGCACAAGGAUAUGGAAAAGUAUUGAUGAGAGUUUCGCGUUCUGAGUACAAAAUGAGCAUGGCCACUCGGCCUUGGAGCGACUGGGUGAACAGUAUGCUGGAGUCGGAAGCUGUAAAAAACAGCUUCGAGUACGGGGCAUCUGGGUACAGCACGACGUACUGCAGCAUGCAUGGCCUUCUAAACCUAAAACAAAUGACCUGAGGUGUGUCAGGUUCACGUUCACUGGCCGUUCCUUUAUCUCCAUUCUGGUGUUGUGCAUUUUGCUGGACUUGGAAUGGCGAGCAGACGGAACAGAGGUUGUAAAUGCAUCAGCGCUCAAUAUAACAUUACCUCCGGGCCUCGAUCUGAACAACCAAAACAAAACUGUCAAGAAUUUUGCCGUACCCUUGCCCGUAUACGUGGUUACACCUCUAGCAACUCUCUUCAUUAGCAUCGGAGCUGUAUGGGGAUUCUGUUGGUGGAAACUAAAACUAGUCAGACGCAGAAAAAAUCUUUUGGAAAAAGCGCAAUCACGUCAACGGAGGUCAUCCCUGAAACCGAAAGAGGGAAGAAGUUUGGAUUGACGAGAGCUGUAGGACCUGAUGGGGAUUCCCUCAUUAUACCCACAGCGAAGGUGCUUGGCCUGGCCCGAAAGCUGGACGAUGUUGAGCAAAUGGUGCUUGACUAUCAGAGCUUGGACAUGGGAGGUUGUCUUCCGGAGAAACAGGGCUACAAAGUUAAAGAUCAGUCAUACGAAAUCUCCAUAAAUCCCCUGUUCAAUUCUCUGCAAUCUGGCGCAUGUGGCUAUGUUCUUUUGGGUGAUGAAAAGCCUGCAGUUCCAGGAUCGGGCGCAAACAAACCCGACGAGAGUGCUGGAGACGAUUCUGACUCAGAUGGUGCCCCAAAGAAGCGACCGACCGGGCUUCUGCCCAAGUUAAGCGUUACUAAGAAGCCAUCAAGUGCACUUCUAUCUCCUCCACGACUCUCCAAACUCGGAGUGGAGGCCAAAUCGAAGGAGGAUCUUCUGAGGCGCAGCCUGGCUAGAAGCAUUACUCCGGUGUCCGACGGAGAAUCAUCAGCUGACGAAACGUCGGAUGACGACAGCUCAAUUGGAUCGGUCGACUCUGUCGAUUCCAUAGAAUCUCUCAACACAAGAUUAAGUUCAACAAAAAGGUCCACUCGCGGAGGAUCGACAGGUGCCAGAUCAAGCGUAAGGUCUUCUAAGCUGGCACCCUCUGACGACGGCUCGGAUGAAAACUCUACUAGCUUAAUUGCUUCACCCAAAUCCCCUGCCAGCUCAAGGCUCUCAAAAGUUUCAUCUGCCGGUGAUAAUAGUCCAACUCGGGCCAGUUUGAGUCCAAGGCCUUCUAAAGCUGGAGUGUCUAGGGAGAAGUCGCGCAUACUGAGCUUGAGCCCAAGAUCUUCUAAAGCUUCAAGCUCAACCCCGAGGGACUCCAAAGCAACAGAUUCUGAAGAAGAGUCGCUAAGUGCAGGCUCCGGUGACGAUUCUCCACGUGCAAGUUUGAGAUCAAGGUCUUCUAAGACUGCAUCUUCUGGCGAUGAUUCACCGAGGUCGAGUUUGAGUCGAAAAUCGGCUAGAAGUGCAGUUCCAGGCCAGGAUUCCCCACGGACAAGUUUGACCUCAAGGUCGUCUAAGACUGCAGGUUCUGGCGGUGAUUCACCGAGGUCAAGUUUGAGUCGAAAAUCGGCUAGAAAGGCAGUUCCGGGCGAGGAAUCACCCAGAGCAAGUUUGAGUCCGAGGUCGUCCAAGACCUCACUUUCUCCACGAGCGAGUUCAAGUCCAAGGGCUUCAAAGGCAGCAAGUGCAGGCUCGGAUGAGGAUUCUCCACGAGCAAGUUUGAGAUCAAGGGCUUCUAAAGCAGCGCAUUCAGGUAAAAGUGCAGCAAGUGCAGGCUCUGAUGAGGAUUCUCCACGAGCAAGUUUGAGAUCAAGGGCUUCUAAAGCAGCACAUUCAGGUAGAAGUGCAGCAAGUGCAGACUCGGACGAGGAUUCACCACGAGCAAGUUUGCGCUCAAGGGCUUCUAAAGCAGCAGUCGAUGGUGGAAAAUCACCUCGCAUUAGUCUAAGCCCAAGGUCCUCCAAGUCUGCAGUUUCUGGAAACGAUUCGGGAGCAUCCUCUUCCAGAAGUCCCUCCAGACUAUCCACUAAGGGCAGUAAAAGCCCCAGAUUUUCUGGGGUGACAACGUCGGACACCAAGCGAAAACAAUCCGAGUGGAAUCCUGGUAGAGUUCCAGAAAGUUCUAGUAUCAAGAAAAGCAUUGCUCCGAAGAGUAUCUCGAGGGCAAGUAAAAGUCAAGGAGCCAGUCCAAAUGAGCCAUCGUCUCCUAGCCAUUCUGCUCCAAGAGGUGCUAGGCCAUCUCAGAGAGCAGGGGGUAGCAGUUCAGAGCCUGUGAGUCCAAAGAAAGCUAGUGUGAGCAGAGCUGCGUCAUCAUCAGGGUCCAGCAGUUCGAAAAAACCUAGUCUGAGGAAAGGGAGCUAGGCUACUGAAACUGACAGCAAUUUCCAGCUGCGAAGUCCCGAUUGGUACAUGUGUUCAAGAUAGAUUAGUUGAAAGGGCAGAGAAGCACAGCGACAAAUGAAGCUUCGACGUGUUCAGUGAGCAUCUACACUGCACUCUAUUCCGUGUAAGACAUAUUUUGCAGUUCUGACCACCCUGCACCUCUCGUCAUUUCUGUGCUCCUGAAAAUUUAAACGGUUUCAUGCUCCUCAGGAGCAGGUCCUAGUUUGCGCUCUGCGUUUGCCUUCUCACUUGGCACACAGAAAUGGAAUCAAGCUCUGUCAUCUGGGCAGACGAAACCAGUAAACACUGUCAAUGCGGUCAAAUCCGUCAGACUGGGACUCAUUGACUCAAGAUAGUUUUCGAUUACUGUACUAUGUACAGCGUACGAGAGUCACUCCUUGGGCUUAAAAAAAAGGUCUACUAUUUGAAUAUCCUCAAGAUCUGUGAUAUGGGGCAGGGGAUAUAGGGGCAAAGAGUAGUUGCUGAAAGCAGACAACACUGUGAGUAGUUAUAUCAGCCAGACUGGGGACUCUUUGGUGAAAAGCAGUUGGUAGAUGUUAUGUGCCACUUGAGAACGCCACUUCUUAACAGUCGAGAGCACGUCUUGGUUGCCAAUUGUACAGCACGUGUGCCUUGCCACCCCACCCAACAAUCAUUUAGUACGAUAAAGUAUGACAGAGAGUCCUUCAAUUCUUUCAGGAAAUAAGAACAUCUGUGUUUGUUGUUAUUUUCGUUCCUUUUAAAAGCCAAACGCUAUGAAGACUUUGCAGGAGGUAAAUUUGGAACGGGGCGAGGUUGCUUGAUUGCUCGAAGUAGACGUAGGACUUGCUUCUUACGCUAAUUUGACAUUGCAUUUCGUAGGUCACUUUGUGCAUUCAUACAGA